AUGCUCUAUUCGUCUGGGUCAACAGAGGGAACGAUGAAGAGUGUCUCAUCCGAUGAGACCCUGUGCAAUGACAGCGAGUAUCUCAGUGACGCGACAACAUCUGAGAUGAUGGUUAGCGAUCGGCCCGACAGCGCACAUCCGAACGAAACGUGCCGGCAGGCCGAGGAGGGGUCGACCAACUCAGCACAGGAAGUCGUCCGCCCAGCAUGUUCACCUGAUGACAAAAGCGAGGUGAGGGACACGAAAGGAGCGAGGAGGUAUGGGGAUGCUGAUGCAACCCAACGUCAACCUGUCUUCUUCUUCGGGGAUGACGCGUUACAGCUCCUCGCAACUCCGACUGAGUCGGCCCUGCACCACGGCAUGCAUGGAACGACGUCACGAAAUGCGAUGAGCUGUGCGAUGACGUUCAAGAAGCCAUGA